GCGCACCUGAGACAUCACACCCAGAAUAUGUCAUUCAAUGAGAUUACAUUCACACCUCAUACUUGACCCUGGCUGUCCCGUCUUCAUUUCGUACUGAAGCGGAUAGUUUCUCAUCCAUCUACACCCACUGUCACGAAGCACUCUACGGGAAUCCCCUUAUUUUCACUUCCAUUUUAGUUUACUAUAUAAAAUGAUUCACUUCUUUUCUGGAUCAUCAUCUUCAUUGCUGUAGUUCUACAAACAUGUUUUUUCAACUCGUCUGCAUUCUAGCUGCCUACUUGCAAGGUGGGUUUACACAGGAUAAGCCUACACAAGAGGUGAAGUCAGUUUGUGGAGAGGACUCAAUUCUGAAAUGUAAAGCAAUACGUAAGCCUGGGGUCCAGUACCGGGCGGUGAGGUGGUACAAGCUGGGUGAGAAGCCCUAUAAUAAGGAGUCUGGUCUAUUGAUGAAGAGGCUAUCACCUAACAGCACCACCCUACGGUUCGCAGGUUUGGAGCGUGUAGUGGAACUUUUGGCUGACGAUUCUUUUGAUAUCUUCCUGCCCAAUGUAACGGCUGUUGAUAGUGGGAGGUACAAGUGUCUCCUGGCAGCACCUGUAGGAGAGCAGAACCAGGAGGGGCACGUUCACCUCAGAGUGACAGGUUGCCUUGAGUCCACAUACCAAUCAGAAGAAAUGGAUACCAUUCUAGUUCUUUCCAUUGUGGUGAUAGUUGCGGCAUUGCUGUUAUUCACCAUCAGCUAUGUCAUCCUAAGGAAUAUGUUAUUGCAAAGGAGUAAGAAGUAUCCACAAGAACCACUUCUAGAUGCACCCCUUGAGAAGAAAGAUUUAAUGUUGAUUUACACUCUGGGGCCAAACUGGUCAUUACAGGGUUCCAUAAAGCAUGUCUUUGUGUGAGACCCUGUUCUGCUAGUUUGGGCUCAUUGUAUACUUGAAUGUGAAGAGGAAACACAGAGAAAGACUAAAGCCCAUUUGACGUUGAGCAAGGAGCCUAAGAGUCAUGUCUACUUUCCAGAGAGUCCAUGUCUGGAGCAGAGGGAGGCAGACAAACCUCUGGACGAUCCUGUAGAACUAAUUGUGUAGGCAUGACUGCAGCAUUCAAGAGCCUGUGAUGCGCAAGGAGCAGGGCCUGGUGAAAGGACCCCAAGAUCUAAGCCCCAAGAUCAAACCCCAACAAGGAGCUUCAGGAAAGGGAGAAUAAAUAAUUAAUGAUAAGGCGUGUGGGGUUCUGAGAAUAUGAAAUAUACUUAUUCAUGUCACUGAGGGAGAGAGGGUAAUGUGUAAUGUUUACAUUAUAUCAGGGAUCCUAUGGUUAUCUGUAGGAGGAAGGUAUAUAGUGUGUGCAAUUAAGCUUGGAAUGUGCUGAGUGCAGGGAAGCGAUCACAUAUGGCAGGCAUUGAUAAGGGGAGAGAGCCAUGGAUUAGUGAUGAAGGGGGUCGAGGUCAGGUCAGGUCACGUUAAGGGACAAAGAAAAGUUUAUGGCCAUAUUACUUAGUUUCCUGCCCAGCAGUAAAGAUACAAUGAGAUGGGUAGGAGGAGACUCAGCCUAAGAGAAAGGGUUAAAUAUCAGUGCUUGUGUGAAAAUCUUUUUGUCUAAUGCAGCUGUAUUGAUCCUCUGGGAAGAAUAAACUUGGUAAAGCUUUCAUAGUGCCAUUGAGUUUUUACUCUGAAAAUUAGAACCUAAUAGGGGUCAUUCUGCAGGGUCUUUCCAUGGCAAUGUUGGGGUUAAUUCCAUUUACAUUUCAGUCAACCCAGUCAAUUGAAGUUUCAGUAAUUGGAAGUUGAAAUUGAUUUUGAACUGGAAAAUUAUCAAUGUGUACUGCAUUGAAUUUCAUGCCUAAUUAAAAUCCUUUAUUGACAAGUAUUGAAAUGGAAUUGAUCUGAGCACUGUUCAAUGGGACUCAUCCGUGUUGGAAGGAUUUGGUGGGACAUGCUGGACUCUGCACAGAGAGAUGAAAUCAACCAAGACUGCAUUCCAUCUGAGCCAAGCAAAGCUCUCAAUUAACUCUAAUUUUCAGGAAUUAUCGAUAACUUUUAGUUAUUUUGUGAGGUCAAAACAGUAUAUACUUUUUUUAUGCAGAACCAAAAAAUAAAAAUGUCAUCCAAGCAAUACAAAAGUGGUCUUUGGUGAAUAUUGGCAAAAAGUAACUGACAGAAAAUAAACUUUGUAAAAAUCUUUAUCCGGUUUUUGAAUAUGAUCAGCAAUUCUGUGUAUACGUUGAACAUAAAGAAGACAUGUAAAUAAUUGUAAUGUACUGUAUCUGAUGUACAUGUGCUAUGUGUUCUUAGAUAAAUGUUAUUGAACUUUUUCUUAAGACGAGUCUUCACUUUUUUAGUCACCACAGUAGUGAUGUUUCUCUUAGAAAAGUUGAUUGUUACUCAGAAUAUUUCAUGUUAUUAAGAUAAAUUAUUUACCUUACCAUUUUACAGAGGCUUACAAACUAUAUACAUAACUAUUUUUCUGCAUAGUAUACUGUUUGAGGUGCUAAAUGGCUGGCAACACAUCUAUACCUAUUUCAUACAACACAUUCUGUCAUAUUUUAUACUAGGUAUAUACUGGUCCUUGACACGAGUCAUUUCCAUCACUUGUAAUGUGCACAUUUUAAAAGGGAUGAUCCCAAUUAUCCUCAAGGGCUGACACAGUGAUAGCUGAAAUAUGAUAUUUUUGGAUAGCUGUUUUAAUUGUUAAAUCCAUAAAUACCUCUUCACUAAUCUUUUGAGUGACAACAGUUCUGUGAAGUCUCUGUCAUUGUCAUCGACAAUCACAUUACCCCAAACACAUUAUAAGGUAACAACAUCACACAGCAUAAAAUGGAAGCUAGGCACAUGUGAUCUAAACAACAUUGAAAAUGAAAAUCCUUUAGAAAAAUGAAAUUUCAUGUAGCUUAAAAAAAUGUAACUAUAGAAUAAAUCAAUAUUUGUUUUUUAUUGCAUCACCAUAUCACAGGACAGAUUUAAUAUAAGGAGUGCAUGGAUUCGGGUCAUAUACAAUAACAGUGACCUUUUUUCACAUCAACUGUGUG